GUGCUUCUAGCUACCUUGUUCUCUCCUUUUUCUCUCUCUUCUUGGGAAGCUAGACCAUCCCUCUCUCUCUAGCAUCCAUUCCAUUCCUUCCCUUGGUACUCGUACUCUUCCACUAGAUUUCCCCAGCUGCUGCUAAGUUUCUUCCUCCCACUUUCUGUUCUCUCUAGAUCACCGGCUAUGGUAUUCCUUCCUGCCUUCUUGGAUUCAUCAAACUUCUGGAACACCGACCACAACCAGCUAAUUCAGAUGCAACAAAUCGGCACUAACACUCAUAGUACCACCACUCCUUCACAGGAUGGUCCUGGUGCUGGAGGAUGCAGCAACAACAAUCAAGAAGGCUUCAUGGCCAUGGCCGGGGCUGGAGGGAGUGGCGAUGUAGGUUGUGGCGGUGCUGAGGACGGUGAUUGCGGUGGCAGCGGGAAUAGAAAGUCGACAUCAUCCAUGUCGGAGCGAGCACGGCUGGCGCGGUUACCGCAGCCCGUGCCGGGGCUCAACUGCCCACGAUGCGACUCCACCAACACCAAAUUUUGCUACUUCAAUAACUACUCCCUUACCCAACCCCGCCAUUUCUGUCGCUCCUGCCGCCGCUACUGGACACGUGGCGGCGCACUCCGCAACGUGCCCAUGGGAGGGGCGUAUCGUCGCCAUGCCAAGCGCAGGGCCAAGCCCAAGAUGGUGUCAGACACCUCCGGAGAUGCUAUCGUAGGUACAUCGUCUGUGACAUCAGUCAUUUCCAGAGGAACCACUUAUGCCACCAGCACCAGCACUGUGCCGAUCGCAUUCGAGUACACCAUGUCCGGUAGCGUGCCAUGGCAUAACAGCCAGUUAACCGACAACUUCGACCCGGCGAGCCUUGUUCUCGGCUUUCCCGACAGGUUGCUCUUUGCCGAUAGUCGUGCUUACACGAUGGAUGACUGCGCGCAGCACCAGCACCACCAUGCCCAUGGGAACGGGAUGGAGCAGUGGGCAGCGGCACAAGUGGACAACUUCCCAUUCAUGCACGACAUGGAUCAUCAGAUGUCUGGACUCCCCGCUGAGGCAAUGCCCAUCACAAUGGCUACGAUGCAGGGCAUGUUCCACCUAGGGUUAGAUAGCCUCGGCAAUGGAGGCCACCAGUUUCAACACUCGUCGACAAGGAGAAACCACAAGAAACAGGAUUACCCGAGCAACAGGGUCAUGUAUGAGGACGUGGUCAAUGGCAAUGGCUGCGGCUACAUUUAAUAUUCCAGCACACUUUUCCAACUCACCCCACUCCAGUUAUUCACAUGUCCUCUUGGUCAGCGGAAGGCGGCCUAGUCAUGGAACCGGAUGAAGCUAUGCCUAAAAUAGAAACAAUUGUUAGCAAAAGA